AUGGCAAUUUGUGAUGUCAAAAUAGAAAUUGAUCGUCAUGAAACCGAUGGCACAUUCACCAAUCAUGAUAUAAUUAGAGGUACUGUCACAUUGGUUGUAACUGAUUCUAUAUCAUUAAAUUAUAUUCAAGUAAAAUUAGAAGGAUUAUCUUCGACUCAAUUAACUGUAUCUACAAGUACUAAUAGAAAAGAUAGGGAUAGGAAAGAUAAGAUAUUAAAAGAUGUUCAUAAAGUAUUAUAUGAUACUGUCAUUGUAUUCCCACCUGAUAAUAUUCGUCAAGUAAGUUCAGCUAAAGAAUUCACUUUAAUUCCUGGUAAUUAUUCUUAUCCUUUUCAAUUCAAAAUUCCUUUAAAUAAUUCAUGUGUUAAAAUGACAGGUAUAACAAAUAAGAUUCUGUUUAAUAAAAAGACUUUUGAUGUUAUGAUUAAUAAUGGAAAUUUCAAUCCUAGUCUCAUUUUAAAUAAUGCCCAGAAAUUGAUUCAAAAUUUUACAACCCCACCUCCAACUGGUUAUUCCUCAUCAUCAUCCUCCCUCAAUCCUCAAUCACAACUGCAGCAGACUACGCCCUAUCAUAUAACAUCACAACUACCCCCUUCUUUGAGUGGUAAUGGAGAAUUUGCUAGUAUUAAAUAUUAUGUCAAAGUCACUUGUAAGAGAGCAUCAUUUUUAAAAACAAAUUUACGGGCGUUUGAUCCAUUCAUCUUUCUACCUUUAGAUUUAGAUGCUCAUAAUAGACCAUUAUUAGGACAUUCUAGUUAUGAAGAAUAUAAAGAAGUAUUUGUAAGGAAAGAAUUGACUUUUAGAAAUCGAAUACCGGAAAUUAUAGGUGUUAGAGUGCCUAGUCCGAAAAGCAAUCCAUCAUCAUCAUCAACAACUACUAAACCUACUGCGCUACCUCCUAAGAUUACUAAUAUCCAACCCAAGAAGCCAGGGUUAUUACAGAGGUUAUUCGAUCCUAAUUUGGCGGGUAGUAGUAGUAGUAGUACGAGCAUUAACAAUUAUAAAAGGUCACCAUCCCCUCCUGCUCAAAAGAAGAAAGAAAAUUCAUAUUUUCCUAAAGUCAAAGCUCAAGAUGUUCCAUUUUCAUUUGAAGUAAGAUUCAGACACCCGGCAUUUUUGAUUCCAACAAAACCGCCAUCAUUUAAAUUGUUUUUAGUUUCAAAAUUGAAUCCAGAUAGAUUUACUCUAAGUGAAUACAAUAGACCAGGGGAAUCAAAUGGAUUAGGUGUGGUUUAUUUACAAAAAUUGCAAGUUGAUUUAACUUCAACAACAAUAAUUUCAGUAUUAGAAUCUGAUGGGAAUACCAAAGAAAUACAUAUGGGUAAGAAUGAAGAAGUGAUCAAUAUAUGUUCUAAUAAUUAUAAGAAUUCAAAAUUCGAUUUGAUGAAUUGUAAGAAAAAUAAAACUGGUAUAUCUUCAACAGCAAAUAAUAAUUCAAUUUAUGAACUUGAAAUCCCUAGUGCAUAUUUCAAGAAUUGUAUAUUACCCGAUUUCUUAGCUCCAAGUUUUAAGACCUGUAAUAUAACCAGAAAAUACAAUUUAACAAUUACAGCUGGAUUCUCAUGUGAGAAAAUUAUUGAUUUCACAAAUCUUCAAGAAUUCAACAAGAAGAUUAAAUAUGUUGACCUUCAAUGCUCGAACAUCAAAGUCUUAAGUGGAUUAAAUAUGACACCUACUCUUCAUUCAAAUGCAUCCUCCAGAACAUCAUCUGUCCCCAACAUCCAACCUCCUCCAGGAAAAAUUCCUUCUCCAACCACUACGAGUAGUCCCCCUUCUCCAUAUCCUAUAGAAAAGCCUCCGCCUCCAAUGCCAGAAAGACCUUCAUCUCCAUUGGUCUCCCAACAAUCGAGUUCCUCAUUGGUAGAUGAAUUUGGUGAGCUUGGAAUGGGUGGUGGGGAUGAGUUAUUGCCUACCUAUGAUGAUGUGAUGCGUGAGGCUACUUAUCAGGAUGAUAGUGAACACCAACGGGCUCGUAGGCGGUAUCAGGUGCAUGAACAGUAUUAUAAUAACUUAGACUAG